AUGGAGAUGCCAGCGUUGCAGGCCGUGCCGUCUGUGCGGUACGACCGAGAUGAAGAUUUUCAUCAAAACGAACAAAAUCGACCGUCAUCGGUUGCUAGCGAAGAUAGUCAGCCUGACAGCGCAACCGAUACUGGUUCGCAAUUGAAACGAUCCACUACACGAGCAACCGAAGGUGGCUUCGGUGAACGAUCGGGUAAUGCUGUCAACAUUGAAGAUGCCAUUUCCAACUACCAGUCACUUCGUCGCGAGAUGACCCAGCAGUCCCGUAUGUCCCGACGUCCCACUGAAGGAGGCCAAGAAGAAAAAGGUCCCGAAAGUGAUGAUUUUGAUCUCACUGAUUUCCUCAAGAGCCACAACGAAGAAGCACAAGCCGCCGGUUUUCAUCCCAAGAAUAUGGGUGUCGUCUGGAAGAAUCUUGUUGUGAAAGGCCUGGGUGCCGACGCUAAAGUGAUUGGUACCAAUUAUACCUGGCUGAAAUCAAUGGUGCAAUUCUGGAAAUGGGGCAAACACGAAGGUCAUGAUUUCACUAUCCUUAAAGGAAAUAAUGGUUUCUGUAAAGAUGGUGAGAUGCUGCUUAUUCUGGGCCGUCCAGGUGCUGGUUGUACUACGCUUCUUCGUGUGAUCGCCAAUAUGCGAUCUUCUUACACCGAUAUCGAGGGUGAAAUUUCCUAUGGUGGCAUAGAAGCCCGCGAGUUCGGCAAGCAUUUUCGCGGUGAAGUCUGUUACAACGAAGAAGAAGAUUUGCAUUAUCCCACUCUAACCACCAAGCAAACAUUGACGUUUGCGCUCAAGACAAAAACACCCGGUAAACGUCUUCCAGAUGAAAGCAAGGGCGAAUUUAUCAACAAGGUGCUUUAUAUGCUCGGAAACAUGCUUGGUUUGACCAAACAGAUGAAUACCAUGGUCGGUAACGCUUUUGUACGUGGUCUUUCCGGUGGUGAACGUAAACGUUUGUCCAUUGCUGAACAAAUGACAACGCGUUCCUCCAUCAACUGCUGGGAUUGUUCCACUCGUGGUCUCGAUGCCUCUUCCGCCUUGGAUUAUGUCCGUUCUCUGCGUAUCAUGACCGACAUUUUGCAUAAAACUACCAUUGCCACUCUGUAUCAGGCUUCCGACAGUAUUUUCCAUUUAUUCGACAAAGUCAUGGUGCUUGACGAAGGUCGUUGUCUCUAUUUUGGUCCUACCUCCAGUGCCAAGUCCUAUUUUGAAGAUAUGGGUUUCUUUUGUCCGGAUCGUAAAUCGACCCCUGAUUUCCUGACAGGUCUCUGCAACCCGAACGAACGCCAGUUCCGCGAAGGUUUCGAAGACAAGACGCCGGUCAAUUCGGCUCAGUUUGAGAAAGUAUUCCUGGAAUCGUCACUGUAUCAAGAUAUGAUCAAAGAACGUGAAGAAUACGAAGCCAAGAUUGCUGAAUCCCGCCCAGAUGAGCAUUUCAGAGAGGCUAUCCGUGAAGCCCAUCAGAAACACGCUCCGAAACGAUCUCCCUUUGUCGCUACGUACAUUUCCCAGGUGAAAGCGUUGACGAUCCGUCAAUUCCAGCUUAUUUUUGGUGAUAAAGGUGCUUUGGUGUCUCGUUAUGGUGGUGUCGUUAUUAAAGGUCUUAUCAUGGCUUCCGUCUUUUACAAAAUGCCUCUCGAUGGUACUGGUGCUUUCUCACGUGGUGGUGCUUUUUUGUUUUCUUUACUGUUCAAUGCUUUGAUUGCGCAAUCAGAAUUGGCCGCCUUUAUGCAAGGUCGCCGAGUCUUGGAGAAACAUAAGCAUUUCGCUUUAUACCAUCCAUCGGCGUUCUAUAUUGCUCAAGUUAUUUCUGAUCUUCCGUUGGCCUUGGUGCAGGUGAUCAUCUUUGAAAUUUGUGUCUACUUUUUAAUGGGUCUCGUACUGGAUGCCGGAAAAUUCUUUACCUUCUUUAUCAUUCUUGUGGUGACCAAUAUGUGUAUGAACGGUUUCUUCCGAUUCUGGGGUGCUGUAUCGCCCAACUUUUUCAUGGCAUCGCAGUUAUCCAGUAUUCUGCUUAUUGCGUGUCUCAUCUACUGUGGCUAUCAAAUUCCAUACAAGAUGAUGCAUCCUUGGCUGUUCUGGAUUUAUUGGAUUAAUCCUCUGGCCUAUGGUUACAAGGCUUUGAUUUCCAAUGAAUUGACUGGUAUGAAGUUUUCUUGUGAGGGCCCCAACUCGGUGCCAUCCGGUCCAAGCUACAACCAGCAACAAUAUCAGACGUGCUUGUUGCCUGGUGGUCAACCCGGUCAACCCUAUGUUCUUGGUGAUACCUAUUUAGCAACAGCUUACGGUUACUACACCAAUCAACGUUGGAUCAACUUUGUCGCUGUCAUUUUAUUCUUCCUUUUCUUCACCGUCAUUACUGCUCUGGCUAUGGAAUAUGUCGAUCUUCAGAAAGAAGGUUCCAUCACCAAGGUGUACAAGGCCGGCCGCGCUCCCAAGGAAGAAAGUGAAGAAGAAUUACUUCAGAAAGUGCAAUCAGCAGAGGAUGAAGAAAUGGAAGCUGUGUCACACGGAACGACCUUCUCGUGGCAUCAUAUCGAUUACACGGUGCCUGUCAAGGGCGGUAAACUCAAGCUACUCAAUGAUGUUGGUGGCGUGGUGAAACCAGGUCAUCUGACCGCUCUUAUGGGAUCCUCGGGUGCUGGUAAAACCACUCUUCUCGAUGUAUUGGCUCAACGUAAGACAAUUGGUAAAGUCGAAGGUCGCAUCUAUAUGAAUGGUGAACCCUUGAACCAUGACUUUGAACGUGUCACUGGCUACUGUGAACAGAUGGAUGUUCAUAAUCCGGCUGCUACGGUGCGUGAAGCGCUCAAGUUCUCUGCUUAUUUGCGUCAACCGGCUGAGGUGCCAAAGGAAGAGAAGGAUCAGUACGUAGAACAGAUUAUUACGUUGAUGGAAAUGGAAAAGAUUGCGGAUGCUCUUGUCGGUGAUCUGGAAACCGGUGUAGGUAUUUCUGUUGAAGAACGCAAACGUCUGACAAUUGCGGUGGAACUGGUCGGUAAACCGAAACUGCUUUUCUUGGAUGAACCUACAUCUGGUCUGGAUGCGCAAAGUUCGUACAACAUUGUGCGCUUUAUUCGAAAAUUGGCCGAUGCCGGUUGGCCCGUGCUGUGUACCAUCCAUCAACCUUCGGCUACCUUGUUUGAACAUUUCGAUCAUUUGGUUCUGCUUGUGCGUGGUGGUAAGACGGCCUACUUUGGUGAAAUCGGUCCUAACUCGGAAACCAUGAUCAACUACUUUGAAUCGAACGGUGGACCUAAAUGCUCGCCCAAUGCCAAUCCUGCCGAGUACAUCUUGGAGUGCGUCGGUGCUGGUACGGCCGGUAAAUCCAAUCGUGACUGGGCCGAUGUGUGGGCCAAUUCCCCUCAAGCCAAGGCUUUGGAAGACGAAUUGGAGCAGAUCCAUCAGGACAUCGAUCACGACGCCAAGAGACCCAAGGCUAGCAAGUACUCAUUGAGCUUCUGGAAUCAAUUCUGGCUUGUGUACAAGCGUAUGAACGUCUCGUGGUGGCGUUCUCCUAGUUACAAUUUGGGUCGAUUAUUCAACGUAUGUUUCAUUGGUCUUAUUUCUGGUUUCUCUUUCUGGAAACUCGGCAAUUCCCCUGGUGAUAUGCAAAACCGUAUGUUCUCGGUGUUCACUACGCUGCUCAUGAGUAAUGCUCUCAUUAUUCUGGCGCAACCCCGAUUCAUGCAAGAACGUAUGUGGUUCCGUCGUGAAUAUGCAUCCAAGUAUUACGGCUGGGCUCCAUUUGCCUUGUCCUGUAUCCUUGUGGAAAUCCCGUAUCUUUUGUUCUUCUCGGCCAUCUUCCUUUGCUGCUUCUACUGGACCGCAGGUCUUCAAAAUGAAUCUAGCCGUGUUGGUUUCUUCUACAUCCAUUUCGCAGUGUUUAUGAUGUACUCAGUGUCUCUUGGUUUCAUGAUUGCUGCCUUCUCCAGUACUCCUCCCAUGGCCGCCGUCAUCAAUCCUUUCUUCACCUCCAUCUUGAUUUUGUUCGCCGGUAUUGUCCAACCUCCCAGCUCCAUGCCUCAUUUCUGGAGCUCUUGGAUGUAUUGGCUUGAUCCAUAUCAUUAUCUAAUAGAAGGUCUUGUGGUGAAUGUUAUGGCUGGUGUUGACAUCCAAUGUGGUGAUGGCGAUUGGAUCCCUGUGAAUGCUCCUCCUGGACAGAGCUGUGGACAGUAUUUCCAAGAGUACUUCAGCUCUCCACAAACGACCGGUUAUUUGCAAGAUCCUAGUGCUCAAGGGACAUGUAAUUACUGCCAAUACACAAAGGGUAACGACUACUAUGAAGGACGCAUCGGAUGGCACUACUCCAACAGAUGGCGUGAUUUUGGUAUCCUUUGUGCUUACUACGUUUUCAACGUUUUCGCCUUCAUGUUCUUCGUAUUCUUAUUCCGCAAGGCUAAGCGUUAA